GGGCUUGCGAGUCAAAUGUGAAUCAAUACUUCAGUCUCCCAACACUUCCCUGUGGGUAGAGUGAAAUACAGCUUUAGAAAGACAUUUUUCCUGAAACAAGUCUUCAGGCAAUAUGGGAAGCAAGUUUAGCAAACUAGCAGCCUGGUAUAACAAGCAUAUCAAGCAUGAGAGGGAACCUGCAAUCAAGCUCAUAGACCCUGUCUUUCACCACCAUAAAAUCAAAACCUACGGCAUUGAGCUGAGAGAUCCAGAGCUGCCCCUGGAGGACAGAGCCACAGCUGCAUGCUAUAUUGGACUUCUAACUUACACAGGUGGUGUCAAUGCUGCUUUGCUUGCAUCAGAAUACAUUCAGGAUAUGAUUAAUAUUUUGCUUAUGCCAGAUACUUCUGGGGAAGUGAGGACCUAUGUAUUAAAAGGGUUGUGUGGCAUUUGCUACCUAAGCUACUUAAACCAAAAUGAAGCCAAAGACAGACAUCUUAUGGAAAUUCUCCUUGCUUAUCUGGAUGAAGAUGAAGACCCGGAAGAUGACGACCCUCUAGAUAUAAUCACUAUGAAGCUCUGGGUUUGCUACCUUAUGACGGUUGUCUGCUGUAACAACAUCCCUUAUCUCAAGUUAUUUAAUGAAGUGGGUGGCCAAAAGCUACGUAAAAGUCUGGAGGCCCUGUCUAAGUUGGAAUGGUUUAGCUGGCCACAAAACUAUGCCAAGUUAAUGCUAGCGCUUCUAGCCUACCAAGAACAGAUAAAAGAAUCACUAAUAGGUAGAGCUAAGAAAUCCAGCUUACAGUAAAAGUGCCAGGUGGUAAAUGGUGUUUAGGGAAGUAUCCAGAAAUACUAAGUAAAUUACUGGUUGGGGCUGACAUAUAGCAUAUGUACCACACUUCUGUUCUCAAAGGUUUAAAGGGGGUGGGAACUAUUAUUCCAUGUCUAUUACCUCUUAAAUAGCUGGCUUAGACUUGCAACAUAUGUUCUAAAGUACAGCAUUUUACAACUGUGUAAUCUGUGCAGAGAAGUUUAUUUGGCAGUUCCACAUACAUGAAUAAAAAACUAUUUACAAAUUGAAA